CCGCAUAUAGACGCCAUCUUUGAUUUUUCGCCGGCUCGCUUCAAAGUUUUCUUCAAACAAAACACUUAUCAACUGGCUUUUGCGAACAAUUUACGAGGAUGAUAAUGAACAUAACGUCUGCAGCUGGUGUUAUCGCCUUACUAGAUGAAGAUGAACCAGAAUUAAAGGUCUUUGCCCUUCAAAAACUUGAUCAAAUAGUUGAUGUCUUCUGGGCAGAAAUAUCAGAUGCUGUCUCGAAAAUUGAGGUUCUGCAUGAAGAUAUUUCCUUUUCCCACAAGUCGCUGGCAGCCCUUGUUGCAUCAAAGGUCUACUACCAUCUUGGAGCCUUUGAGGAGUCUUUGACCUACGCCCUUGGAGCGACGGAAUUGUUUGAUGUCAACUCCACCACAGAAUAUGUUGAGACCACAAUUUCCAAGUGUAUUGACCAUUACACAAAGCUCCGGGUAAGCAAUGCUGAGGCCAGUGAUGAGGACCAGAAGCCAAUUGACCCUCGACUUGAGGCCAUUGUCAACCGCAUGUUUCAGCGAUGCUUCGAUGAUCACGAGUACAAACAGGCUGUUGGCAUUGCCCUUGAGACGAGACGCAUCGAUAUCUUUGAAAAGGCCAUCUUGCAAGCGGAUGAUGUCCAGAACAUGCUGUCUUAUGCGGUCAAGGUGACCAUGUCUCUUAUCCAGAAUCGUCAGUUCAGGAACCAUGUGCUCCGGGUCCUGGUCAAGCUCUAUAUGGGCCUUGCUGUCCCAGACUACAUCAGUGUCUGCCAGUGUCUGAUUUUCUUAGACGACCCGCAGGCAGUGGCAGACAUCUUAGAGAAGUUGGUGAAAGGGUCGGAGGACUCUGUCCUCAUGGCGUACCAAAUAGGCUUUGAUCUUUACGAGAGUGCCACCCAGAAGUUCCUUGGGCGAAUCCAGGGGGCUCUCAGAGCACAGGCACCCAUCCCAAUCCCAGAUAGUGUGCAGAAAGAAGAGAAGAAGGAUGCAGAACCAAAAACAGAGAGUGCCAUGGAAACAGACGCUGAACCUGCAGAACCUGAGAAAACAGCUGCAGAAAAGAAACUGGAAGAUUUGAGUGAAUCCGAUCGGGCGGUUCAGGAUCGAAUAACAAAAUUACACACAAUAUUGGGUGGAGAAACAACUAUAGGUCUACACUUACAGUUUACCAUCCGGAACAACAAGUCAGAUUUGCUGAUUCUCAAAAAUACUAAGGAUGCUGUGAGAAACUCGGUGUGUCACACAGCGACUGUCAUCGCCAAUGGCCUGAUGCACUGCAGUACAACAUCAGAUCAGUUCCUGCGAGACAACUUAGAAUGGCUGGCCAGAGCUACGAAUUGGGCAAAGUUUACUGCUACUGCAAGCUUAGGAGUUAUACACAAAGGACAUGAAAAAGAAGCUUUAGGUCUGAUGUCCACAUAUUUACCAAAAGAUACUGGUUCCGGGUCGGCAUAUUCAGAGGGAGGUGGCAUGUAUGCACUAGGUCUUAUACAUGCUAACCAUGGCGGUGAGAUAACAGAAUAUUUACUCAACCAGCUAAAAGAGGCCUCCACUGAUAUGGUGCGUCACGGAGGCUGCCUCGGUGUUGGUCUCGCAGCAAUGGGGACCGCCCGCCAAGAUAUUUAUGACCAAUUGAAGUUCAACCUUUACCAAGAUGAUGCUGUGACUGGUGAAGCUGCUGGAAUAGCGAUGGGUCUGGUCAUGUUAGGAACCAAGGCUGCUUCAGCUAUUGAGGACAUGGUCGCGUAUGCCCAAGAGACCCAACAUGAGAAAAUUCUGCGAGGUUUGGCAGUGGGUAUAGCUCUCACCAUGUUUGGGCGCCUGGAAGAGGCGGACACGCUCAUUGAGAGUCUCUCGAGAGAUAAGGAUCCUAUCCUGCGCCGAUCUGGCAUGUACACACUUGCUAUGGCUUACUGUGGAACAGGCAAGAAUGAGGCGAUCAGAAAGCUGCUGCACGUCGCUGUAAGUGAUGUGAACGAUGAUGUGAGGAGAGCUGCUGUGACCUCUCUCGGUUUCUUGCUGUUCAGAACUCCCGAGCAGUGCCCUAGCGUGGUGUCUCUACUCUCCGAGAGUUACAACCCCCAUGUGAGGUACGGCGCAGCCAUGGCGUUGGGUAUAGCCUGUGCCGGUACCGGACUAAAGGAGGCAUUGUCGCUACUCGAACCGAUGACUAACGAUCCCGUUAAUUAUGUCCGCCAAGCUGCUCUUAUUGCAUCGGCAUUGAUCCUCGUCCAACACAAUGACAUCACGUGUCCUAAAGUUGCACAUUACCGCCAACUCUACAUGAAAGUAAUCAGCGACAAACACGAAGACGUCAUGGCGAAAUUUGGUGCCAUCUUGGCUCAAGGUAUCCUUGAUGCUGGUGGUCGCAAUAUGUCAAUCUGCAUGCAGUCGAGGACUGGACACAUCAACAUGCAAGCAGUCGUAGGGAUGCUCGUCUUCCUUCAGUUCUGGUACUGGUUUCCUCUCGCCCAUUUCAUUGCCCUGGCGUUCACACCAACCUGCUUGAUUGGUUUGAACUCUGAUCUGAAGAUGCCCAAUAUCCAGUUCCGGUCGAAUGCCAAGCCAUCAACAUUUGCCUACCCACCACCUCUUGAGGAUAAGAAGGAGAAGACAAAAGAGAAGGUUGAGACUGCUGUGCUGAGUAUCACUGCAAAGCAGAAGAAGAAAGAAGCUGAGAAAAAAGGGAAGGAAGAGAAGAUGGAGGUGGAUGAGGAGAAAGAUGGCGACACGAAGGAGGACAAGAAAGAGGAAAAGAAAGAUGAAAGUAAGAAAGUCGAGGAGGACAAGAAGGGGAAGGAGAGUGGGAAAGAGAAAGGGAAGAAAGUUGAAAUAAAGGAAGCAGACGACAAGGGCAAGAAGGAAGAUGACAAGGAGGAGAAGAAGGAACCUGAGAAGAAAAAGGAGCCUGAGCCGAACUUUGAGAUGUUGACCAACCCGGCUCGCAUCAUGAAUGCCCAGCGUAAGGUCUUGGUGAAUCCCGAGGGAGCGCGCUACACGACUGUGAAGGAAAUCACUCAUGGUGGGAUCCUGUUGUUGAAGGAUACGACCCCUGGAGAGACCGAGGACAUCAUUGAGCCGAUUGCUGCGGGAGGUCCCAAGAUAGACACUGAAGAGGGUGAUGAACCAGAACCACCAGAGCCAUUUGAAUACACUGAGGAUUAGUGUGUUCGAAACUAAAAACUAGUAUGACUGUUGGUUGAAAGAGGCUUGUACUGAAGAUUCUCUGAGGCUCGUCUACAUGUGCUUACAAUGUGAAAUAAUGGACCUCCUCGUCUUAACGCAGACUAUGUUCUGAUGUGUCACUGUGCUCAUUUUAGAUAAUUCCAUCGUAUGAGAAAACUUCCUUACAUUGACUUUUCAAGACAUCUUGGAUCAGUUUCGUUACCACUUGGACUUGCCCUCUUCGUUUCUAUCAUUGUGUAUUGUUUUGUAACCUUGAAGUAAUUCGUAAAGUCAUUUUCAGCUGAGCUGAUCUUGUAAUUGUACCUUAGAUUGAGCCUGUUCACAAAAACAGAAAUGUUCCAGAGAAACGUAAUUGUAAAAGAAAUUGUCUGAAACUUUAAAAAAGACGUUAAAUUAUCA